AUGCAUGAUUAUUUUGAUACUUCAAAAACCCAGAGAUGCAAGUACCCCUUAGCCAACAGCCUAUCUUACAGUAAACUGAAACCUGCAUAUCAGAGUUACUUAUCAAAGUUCUCUACUCUGACUGGGCCUCAAAAUUUUAAACAAGCUGUAAAAGAUGAAAGAUGGGUGGAAGCUAUGAAGUUAGAAAUCCAAUCAUUGGAGGCCAAUAACACAUGGACCAUUGUUGACCUGCCCAAAGGGAAGAACACUAUUGGUUCCAAAUGGAUAUACAAGAUUAAAUAUCUUACAAAUAGUGAAGUGGAAAGGUUCAAAGCAAGAUUAGUGGCCAAGGGAUAUAGCCAACAAGAAGGGCUAGAUUAUCAUGAGACAUAUUCACCAGUGGAAAAAAUGGUUACUGUGAGGAGUGAUUGUUGUAGCAGUAUCUAG